AUGGCGCCGCGCAACGGCAAGAAGCUGGCUCUGCCGUCGGCCUUCUUGAAGGAGAUGGGCGUGGACGCACCUGGGAGCUCGGGAGGCGGAAGACGCUUUCAGUCCAAGCACGUCUCCCGGAAAGAUCGGAGGAAGGCCCAGCGAGUCCAGAAGAAGCAGUCGCAGAGGGCUACCUCUCAUCGCCACCCGGCCUCGCUACUUCUGCAGUCGGAACUGAAAAAGUCCAAGACGGCGCCUUCGACGAAACAGCAGCCAAGGUCAAAGCCAAAGCCGGAGCCUGCCCGGUCCCGUGACCAGGACGACGAGGAUGACAUUGACAUGGACGAAGACCUGGACGUUGGUAUGGACGGAGACGACGUCUCGGAGGAGGACAUCUUUGACGAGGACGAGGACGAGGAUGAGGACGAGGACGAAGAUGGGGCUUUUGACGAGGAUAAAUCUGACGUCGACACCCCCCAACCGUCAAAGUCCGAGCUACGGAGGCUCGAAAAGGAGGAUGCCGAGAUCGCCGCCCUCGAGAAGAAGCUAGGGCUAAAGAAGGGUAAGAAGCCCAAGGACGACGAUUUCGGUGAUCUGCUCGACGGAUUGGAUGGGCUGGAUGGCGGCGAGGCGGGCGGGGAUGAGGGAUCUGCUUCACAGCGCAAGCGCAAGGCCGAGGCUGAUGAGUGGCUUGCCCAGAAGAGGAGGAAGGCCAACGCCGCCGCCGCCGCGUCCAAAGCAAGAGACGACGACGACAACUGCAUGAGCGAGGACGAAGACGACGAGGCCGCCGAUGGCCUGUCCGACCUGGGCAAUUCAGACUUUGGAUCCGACAUGGAGGACGACGAGGACCAAGAUGGUGGCGCCUUUGAUGGGUUCUCGGGAGAUGACGACGAUGAAGCAGCAGAAGAGGCUGCCCCUCGUGUCAGAGAGAACCCCUACGUUGCGCCCACGACCAACGUCGCCAAGUAUGUUCCGCCGUCCCUUCGGAAGAAGGCGGAAUCAACAACCGAAUCAGACGCCCAGCUACGCCGGCGCGUGCAGGGUCUCAUCAACAGGCUCACAAACGAGAACAUGCUCGGCAUCCUCAAGGACUUUACGGGGCUGUACGACAAGUUUCCGCGCCAGAGCGUGUCCUCGACCCUGGUCGACCUGGUCAUUGCCCUGGUCUGCUCCCCCGAAAAACGCCCCGAGGGCUUCUUCACCAUGAUUGCGGGAUUCACGGCGGGGGCGCAGAAGGAACUCGGCAUACACGUGUCGGCCACCAUGGUGCAGAAGCUUGUGCAGGUGUUCAGGGAGCAUUACGACCAGGCGUCGGGCGACCAUUCGGACGCGGGAUCUAAGCACCUCAUGGCACUCUUGUCCGAGCUCUACAACAUGCAGGUGGUGGGCUCCAGGCUGGUCUUUGACUACGUCCGACUCUUCCUGGGCAAGCUGUCGGAACUGAACACGGAACUCCUGCUGAGGAUCAUUCAGACGUGCGGCCCGUCGCUGAGACGUGAAGACCCGCACGCCUUGAAGGAGAUCAUCAACCAGGUCAAGCCCACCGACCUGAAGAAGGCCUCGGUCCGGACGAGCUUCAUGAUCGAGGAGAUGAAGAAGCUGCAGAACAACAAGUCCAAGGCUGCGGCUCGCAACAAGGACCAGGCCGAGAUGCGUACCCAGAUCCGAAAGCGGAUCGGCACGCUCAACAGCGGCCGCGACAUGCAGCCGCUGAGCAUCGGGCUCAAGGAGAUCGAGAACGCAGACAAGAACGGGAAAUGGUGGGUGGUAGGCGCAAGCUGGUCGGGCAAGCGCGAGGAGGACAAGCCGUCGGGCCAAGGCACGGGGGCGGAUGACGACAAGGAGGAGGAGGAGGACGACGACGACGACGACGUGGUAGACGACGCGGCCGACUUUGUGGACGACGACGACCUCGGCAUCCCCGACCUCUGGCAGCUGGGCCGGCAGCAAGGGUUCAACACGGAGGUGCGGCAGCAGAUCUUUGUGGCGCUGCACUCGGCCACGGACUACGAGAACGCCGAGUUCCUCCUGCGCAAGCUGCGGCUCAACAAGCACCAGCGGAAAGAAGUGGCCGAGGUGAUUGUGCGCAGCGGGGAGGGCCAGGCCGAGUUCAACCGGUACUACUGGCUGGUGGCGAGCCGGUUCUGCGGCGACCGGGAGCUGGCGUUCCAGUUCCGGCGGUGCCUGACGCAGCGGUUCCGCAAGAUGGGCGAGGACAUUGACACGGGGGACGACGACUACGAUGCGGGCGAGGGGGAGGAGGAGGAGGACUACGACAUGCGGCGGGUGGUCAACGUGGCCAAGUUCUACGGCCACCUGGUGGCCAACAGGAGCCUGGGGCUCGACAUCCUGAAGUACCGGAACCUGGCGGCGCUGCAGGAAAAGGCACAGUGGUUCGUCGAGGUGCUGCUGAUCACGGUGCUGCUGGAGUCGGGCAAGGAGGAGCUGGCCAAGACGCUGACGGCGCUGGACCCGGACUUGGGCAGGGGCGUGCAGUACUUUAUCAGGAAGCACAUCAGGAAGACGGACCUGGUGCCGGGGGAGGAGAAGAAGAGGGUCAAGAAGAGGUGUGAGGCUGCCAGUGCGAUACUGGAGGCGUCGUUGACUACGGGGGCGGAAUAG